UUCAAAUCAUAGGUGCACAGGACGCUCACUUCGUGACUGCAACUCACUACGCAGGAAGAUGCAUUUCAAUUAUAUUUGAUACAUUCAGUAUCGACAGUGUUGAUUAGGUUGACAUUGAAUGGAACCAAAGAUGAACACCUCGAGAAGAAGCGAAAGUGACUGGCAAGGACUGGUGAACGAAUUCUUGGUAUGUAAGCGUAAACUGGAGAGCAAAAAGGAGGCGUUGCUGAUUUUAUCCAAAGAGCUGGACACAUGUCAGCAGGAAAGGGACCAGUACAAGCUGAUGGCCAACCAGCUUCGUGAAAGGCACCAAGGCCUGAAGAAGAAAUAUCGUGAGCUCAUAGAUGGUGACCCCACUCUGCCACCCGAGAAGCGAAAUCAGGUGAACCUGGCCCAGCUGCUGAGGGACUCCAGAGAGCGGAGCGGCAGACUCUCGGAGGAGGUGAAGGAGCUCCAGCAGCGGCUGGCUGAGGUGCAGGGCGACAACAAGCUGCUGAGAAUGACCAUUGCCAAACAGAGACUAGGGGAUGAGGAGGUGGGAGCGCGCCAUUUUCCAGCACAUGAGCGGGAGGACCUGGUUCAGCAGCUAGAGAAAGCUCGCGAACAGAACGAGGAGCUGGAGCACAGUCUGAAGGCGGCCACAGAUGAGCUGCAGGACGUGCGCGCGGAGAGGGACGUGUUUCAGGACAAGGCCCAUCGUCUCAACCUGGAGAUCAAUCACAUCCUGGGCAGCCACGAAGCACGCAUCAUUGAUAUAGACGCUCUCUGUAUGGAGAACAGGUAUUUACAUGAACGCUUCAAGCAACUUCAAGAUGAGGUGAACUUACUCAAAAGUAAUAUCAUGAAAUAUAAGAGUGCUUUAGAGAGCAGGAAGAACUGUAAAACGUACGGCAGAAACAACAACAGCAGCGCACUCACAGGAGUCCUUUCUGCCAAAGAAGUGCAAGAGCUGCUGCUGUCUGAGGACAAUGGCUGCAGCCUGCCGGUCACUCCCCAGUCCAUUGCUGACCUGAAGUCUUUGGCCACCGCACUGCUCGAGACCAUCCAUGAGAAGAACAUGGUCAUCCAGCACCAGCGACAGACUAACAAAAUUCUGGGAAACCGAGUGGCUGAACUGGAGAAGAAACUGAAGACUCUGGAGGUGUCUGGACUAUGGAGCCUGCCAGGACUCACAUACAACGUGUCGAUAGGACUCGGGAGAGGAGGAAGGGACACCAUCAUACUGAGUGACCCUCAGCCUCUGCAAUCCCACGGCGAGCAGCCUGUUCUUAUCGAGAGAGGCAGACCCUCCACAGAUGUCCUGAGAGGAAGAGAGGAGCGUCCUGCAGGUGUGACCACGCAGGGGGACGGCGCUGACGCGUGCAUGGACACGGGCCAGAGCGGCCGCCUGCUGGGCUCCCUGUGCGCCCGCACCAACGGACACCUGCAGCUCGACGUGGAGGUCCUGCACAGCUGCGCAGACGUGACCGACGGAGACUGCGACGACGGCGAGUCUCCGGGCGACCAGCUGGAGUGCGCGCAGGAGGCCGACGAGUGCGUGUUCAGCGACCUGUCUGAGGGAGCGGCGGCGGAAGAGGCGGACUCGCCCUCGCCCCCCGAGGUCGUCCCCGUGCUUUGCAGCCCGUCGCAGGACCUCGUUUUGCCCUCCUCCUCCUCUUCCUCCUCCCUCUCCGCCUUCUCCUCAUUGCCAGCCACAGAAGCCGAAUCGCCGUGUAAACAACCUGUAACCGUGGACACCGACCCGCAGGACACUGCUGCUGACGGGAUGCCCAUGCAGGACAGUUCCCCGAUGCUUGAGCCCGGCGAGGAGUCGCCCAUGAAAACGGCUCCUGAUGAAGCGGAUGGCGACGGCGGCGCAGUUCAGACGCUUCAGACGAGACUCCUGGAUGAACAUGAGGAAGCCGACGAGGAACUGGCAGCGCCUGAACAGGAAGAGCUGUAUAUGUCUGAAAACAAUAGCGAAAAAGACUUGUGUACUGCGUAGGGGUGCACUUAAAUCAAACACAGAGGUGGUAGGAGGACGUUGGAAGGCUUAGAAGGCUUAAAAAUGAAUGUAACUAACGGAGAUGGUCAGCAGUGUCAGUGGUCGUAAUGGAUCGCUGAGCAAGGUUAUUGAACACAUCAAAACACAGAGCUGCCUCGCUCUGCCACCAACUUUUGCAUGGUCCAUUCUAUUACUGACCUCGUUCCGAACCUAAAGAGAGGUUUUGGUUGUAUCUUUUCUCUCCAGUAAUGCCAGUAGUGUGUGAAUCGUGUCACCAGUUUUGCUAUGGCAUGCUUUUGACCAGUUAGGACCAAAACUUUCCAGUGAAAUUACAGCCAGUAUCCUGAGUAGACUCUCCACAGAAUACUGAAUUGCUGAUUGCAAGCGGAGUGCGUCAGGUUUAACGUUAUGUAUGGGAGACUUAUGCUGCUGGGCAUCUACAGUAGAUGCAGGUUAUGUUAACGUAAUCUCAAAACGGGGCUGCUGAUUGGAUUGGGUGGAACAAAUGAGAAACACACACAAAAGCCACUACUGUUGUAUGCCACUAUGUAUGAAUGCAGCUAGUAGCAGAAGACUAGAGCAUCAAAACUGUUGAUAAUAGACCAUGUUCCUUGAUGAAGGAGCUGGUGCUGUUGAUUGUAUCAAAAUAUGUCAGAAGUUUCAAAUGGUUCAACAGCAGAGAUAUGUUGUCAUAUAUUUUAAUGAACUCAAAGCAUACUACUUGAGAAUCAACCUACUGUAACUGAACUGUAUACCUGCUCGUAAUGCAGUCUUUGUUUGCUGCUCGCUUCAAUACGAACCAAGUGUAUCAUCUUUGGUGUUGUAGACUAUUUCAGAAGUUCAGCGACUUCAGUGUCAUGUCACAUGUGUAGGUCAAAGUAGUACAUUUUGUGCAUCCUCUCAGUGACUCUCACAACAUUCCUGUGUACUUUUUCACUGUAUAAAUGGAAACGCUGGGUGCAUACUGCAUACUCUUGAGUCUGAUAGACUGAAGGGAUAGUGAAAAAAACACUGUUGAUUUACUGAUAUGCAUGCCUGCAUAUAAUCUACUGUCCAAAGUGAGCCAUUCAGUCGUUUGUGUUUAAAACAUAAAUAAAUUCUGUUUAAAAGCC